GACGAGUUUUGGUGGCUGGAAGAUCAGGAAUGUACUUUUCCACUUAAUUGAGUGAUUAAAAGUCCAUCAUAUUAUGCACCUCAGGGUCAACUGCAAGCGCAUGUAGAUUUGCUAAUCAGCACCGAGUGGUGGCUCGUCAAUAUUCUUAUGCCCGUGGUCGAAAGCGGACCCCUUUGGCGUAAAGUGAGUGAAGCCGUGCAGUGAAAUCAUGAUAACCAAGCAACGCCUUAGCGAUAAUGCUUCCCUAGGCGAUAUUUCGACGAACUCGGUCUGCGAUGCAGUGGCACAGGCGUCAGCGAGUAGCAGCGACGGAGGUAGUAGCGAUGCAAGCCACAGCAAGACCGCCUCACAGGAGGCUGUGAAAUCUGACGAUUUUUCGAAUGGUCGGCGCUUACUGCCAGGCGAAGACGAAAGAAAGGUGAUCCCCGGGCUGCUCGCCCUCGAAGACAGCUGCAACGCGGUGGACAAUGCGCUACGGCCUGAUCUCAAAGACGACGAGGAUAGCAUAGAGAGUGAUCUAUCCUUCAAUGGGAAAAUUAACAACCUCAAGGCUGAGGGCAAGACGAUAGCACCCGUUGCUGCAAACGAUUCUGGUGUGGUUCUGAUUGCCCCGGCGCGUAAGGCACCCGAAUGUGAACUGAUCGACGCUACCAAGGGGUUCGAGCGGACCGACACACGAAAGAAGAGCAUCGAACGUGCGCGACAGGAAAGGCUGAACAAAUCCGCCGAACUGUUGGCCAAGGAGAACAGCUCCUGGAUUCACUACAACAACGAAAAAUCGCCCGAUUUGUUCGCCGAUGAGGAUGACGAUGAGGAGGAAUACUUUGGGAGACCCAACGAUGACGACACCGGACCGGAUGAGGUGGAUGAAGGCGUCGAGGUACGCCAGGCACGAAGCCAACCGCUACGACACAGCUCUGGAGUGGGAUUGCCCGACAAUGACAAGGGUGCUCGGAUCGAUCACGUGGAGCGUGUUUGGUUGAAACGGCUGCAACUGUCCCUGUCCGGUGUUCCUCCGCCACCAUCGCUCACUUUCUGCAACAUGGACAUUGGCCAACUAUUGACACUUUACGGUAAACGUACCCAACCAGACUGUAUGACGCCUAAAAAAGGUGCUGACGAGCUGAAAGCGAGCGAUGCCCCGUCGCAAACCCAUCGCCUAGGGCGCGAAUGUCUUAGUAAACCGACCCACUCGACCGAACAGCUGUCCUCUGCCGGAUGGCCCGACCUGCUAAGGUGUCGUGCCCAUGGUUUGCACUACAACAAAUCGACGGUGACGGAAAAACUGGAGCUACUCGGAGUGAAGUACGUGGAACGAUACAUCGGUGCCGAAACCAGUUGCUCGUUCAACAUGACACAUUCGCCGUCUAGUGCAAAAAAGCGUAGCCAACGGAUGAAGAUGCUGAAUCAAUCACCCGGUAAUCGCCUAAGUCACUUGGCUAAACGACGGGCAGUCUUUUCAUCGGAUAACCUGCGAAUUAACAAACCUGCCGGUAACGGCAGUGGCGGAGCCAGCAACAGCGCCGGUGGUAAUUCCUCAAAAAUGCAAUUAAUGUCACGAUUGAAUCCCUACCGGCUGUGCAAUAGACAAGUUCUAAUAGACCCAAAAAAAUCGGACAACCGUCGUAAAUGUAAAAUAAAAACUCCAAAACGUCGCACACCGGGUGGUGUCAAAGCUUCACCGCGUCGCCGCACUCCCGGUUCGUCGGCGAAGAAACGAUCAACGAUAGCAAGCGUCAGUGCCAGUUGCUCUCAACCGCUGCACGUUCCGGCGACUCGCGAAUCAUCCAAGCGUGCCUUGUUCCUUAGUCCGCAAAACGGUGACCAUGGAUCCGCUGGUGCCACCGCUGCCGUGUCCGCAAGCCGUUUCGAUUCCCGUCCCGUGAGCAGCAGUAAACAGCAGCUCGAUCGCGUAAUCUUCUCGGAAGCACGUAUCAUGCGAUCCAAGCGUACUCUGAUGUUUUCACCACAAAAAAGCGACGAAAAUCGUACCAUGCCUUCUGCUUCGUUCAAAAGAGCCCGAUCGCCCGAGGGGAAUGAUGGUGAGAGUAGGUACCAGCGGCCGAACGAUACCGGUGAGCGCACGGAGAAAAUACGGCGUACCGAAAGUUCCGGUCUAACGGAGGACGAUCUAACGCCACGGUCGUUGAAGUUUGCACGCAGCAAAAGCUUUUGCGUUGGAGCACAAACGUCGAACGAUGGAAAUUCGCAAACGCUACCGGAAUGCAAUGGUAAAUCGUUGUUUCGAGCUAACUCUGCAAUCACCUCCGAGGACGGUAACCGACCGGUGAUGGUGCUUACGGAAAACCACAAAAAGAAACUACUGUGGGCUGUUUCACAAGCGCUGCAAACCAAGCAGAUCACGGUGAAGCACGAGUCGUUCAAGCAGCAUGCAUCGAAUCUGGUGCGCAUUGUGAAGAAACUGUUUCUAGAGUUCAACGACAACUCGAUCAACAGUACGAGCGAAAAAUUACUAAGACUGGCCAACAAGCACGCGUUCGAGGUGAUACAGGGCAAGAGCGUGGAUGAUAUAUAUUUCCGCGAGAAAACUCGCAUCCUGAACGCGCGCAACAUGACGAAACUGAAGGGCUACAUCGGUCCGGACGAGUACGAGUUGCGUCAGCUGAGGCGUGCCGGAUCGCUCGCCAGCUCUCUCGACGUACCGUCACUGGACUCUUCGGCGACGCUCGGUUCGAGCCAAACCUUCCUAAGUCAGACGUCCAUAUUUUCGCAAACCUCUUCCGUGUUCAAUCUCUCGCAACAAUCAGACACGGGAAGCGUUCGGGGAGGUGGAGUGCGACCGGCUGCCUCAACCGGUAACCUCAGUACGACCGUGGAGGGGCCUCCGGUGAGCUCUUCCGCCACGGUAUUGCGCGAAAACAUAAACAGUGAGCUGCGGCAGCGAUCGUCACAGAAGCAAGUGUCCUUCUCGGGCAAGGACCCCAAGGGCGUAAUUCCUUACGCGGCAACCGAUAAGGUCCCUCCCAACAACAAACUGCUGGUCGGUGGUGGUGCUGGAGCUGGAGCUGGUGCUGGUGCUGGUGGUGUUGCCCUCACAUCCAGUAUCUUGAAGGCAAAACGGCAAAUUUUGUUCGAGUAAAUGGUGCCGUUUGGGAUAAGAGAAAUUCCGCAGCUACCUCCCGCUCCCCCUCCCAGGACACCACUAGGACCCUGGAGACUGAAGAACUGUUAACUGUCUAGGUUACUACGAUAACUUAUAUUUCGCGACCGCGUCUCCUUUAUGCACCCGAACGUGACCACACAAACAGGCGCAUUGGGGCCGGUUGGGAAGAAUUAGUGUAAUUUAUGCGUUAGCGUUGCUUGAUUUUCUUCUUUUAUUUUUCUUUUUCUUUUGUUUCUCCUCAUCACUAUGAUUUAGCUUGAAUAAACUUAAAAUUGCAU